UGGGAGCUGGGUAGAGAGGGCAGCAUUGCACACAUUAUACAGCACAUAGCAACCAGCACAACAGAAUAAGAGCGCUCUCCAUACAAUACCAACAAAAGCCUAAAGAAUACAAAAAGCAAACAACUUAGGGGUAAAACAAGAACAAAGCACGUUAUUUAUACACUCCAAGGCGCUGGAAGCAACAGAAAUACAGGGAAGAGGGAACAGGAACAAUAAAUAUCACACUGAAGAGAGGACAGCUUACAGUACUGGACUACAGGAUUUUUUUUAUAAAUUUUUUUUUGCGCUGCACUUAGGAGGAGGCGCAGAGUUGACGCAGAACGUUCGGAUUGCGCAGGAAGACACCCGUUAGGAAAUCACCCAGGAUUCUAAAACGUUCUAUUCCAUCACCCAUUCUACUCAUGGAAGACAUGUCCAGGAUAUCAGCAUCAGUGACGGUUUUCCUGUUAUAUGUCCUGCUGUGGCUCACCGAUGUCCAGUGCAUUAAUUUCAGCGAAUGCCCCAAAUAUGUUACAGACUCACAUUUAGGAUAUCUGGAUAAUAUGAUUGAGAGCCAAAUGGAAAGUUCAUGUGCUAUAGAUGUCAAGUUGUUAAAGAAAGGAACUUUGUCAGAUUACUGCUACACCCGAGGCUUAAUCUAUCAGCUUGGCGAUCUAAUAAGGAAAAACUUAAAAUUCAGAAAUAAUUCUGUUUACCAGAAUAACACAGCUGCUCUGCUAAGUUUGUACAAUGAUCAAAUCACCAAAUGUGUGCUGAGUUAUAAUGAUGGUAAUAAAAUCAAGCUAAUCAAGAAACCCAAUGUCUGCGACUCUGAUAUAGAAAGUCUUAGCCCCGUGCAGAUCCUGGAGAAAGUAAAACAAUUGUUUAUUGAUGCAAAGAAUUUCCGAAUAAAAUAUCAUACGGAUAAUGAUUGUGAAGAGCUUUAUGAGAGAGAGUGUGAAAAUGAUGAACGGAAGGCUGGUCCCUCUCAAUGUGACUGCCCUUCCCCAACCCCCUCAAACCUUCUCAGAACAACUAUCCAGAAGCCCCCAAGAGAAAUUUCAGUUUUUCGACGCAGCACACACUCAAGUGUUGUCCAUCCUACCAAAGACUCUGCUGAGGAAAUAAGUGAAAAUAAAUCUGGCACUACUACAUACAAGUCAACAGGUCUUGCAGAGACCCUUGAGAGCAGAGAUUUCUCAUCUACCAUCUUUACAGACAUGUCAACUGAAUCCGGAUUUCCACAUGGUACAAUGGAGUAUGACACCACAACACUUCCCUCAGUAUCGAGUAUCAAAGAUCUUCCACAACAUAGAAUGUCAAGCUCCCAACCUUACACAGACUUUCAAGUUGGCAUGAAGCCUACAAAAGGUAGCUCUGAUACUCCUUUUUAUAGCAUGAAGCCUACUGGAACUGGAACAACUUAUUUCAGGACAGCUCUUCAGCAACUGACACAGCCUACAUAUGCAAACACAGUAAAAUCGCUUGCUUAUCUAGUAAUUUCCUACACUAACAAAAACAAUCCAUAUUUUGGCAAGAGUUUAUCACCAACCACUGACUCACCAUAUACUAACAAGCUAUAUUUAACCAGUGAGCCGUCAGUUGAGAAAAUAUCUCAAAACCCAGAUGCUGAAAGGUCCUCUACCACAACAACCCAAAAUCUCUUCUCUGCAUCCAGCAUGGAAGUUGACAAAGCAUUCACUCACAGUACUGUCACCAAAAUGCAUCAUGCUACUGGAAUGUCAGAGAAGACAUUCAAGACACCUGUGGAGACACAUGCAAGUAAUACCCCUGUUUCUGUUGGCAGUACUUCAGAAUAUUCCUCUCUAGGUUCUUCUCGAUUUAGCCAGGUUACUGAGUGGGACGUUAAUACCAAGUUUGACUCUGACAGAUCCUUGUCUUUAGGCGAUGAGACAAAGGAAAAUAACCUUGGCUGGGCUGACACCUCUCUUACAUUUGCUUCCAGCAUGCAACCCGCUACUUUUAGCAGAACUGAACAACUUAUUCUAUCCCCUGAUACAAAAGUUUCCAUGCAAACCAAAACAACUGUACAUGAGGGAGGGGGCAUACACCAAAUUCCCUUGCAGUCAGAGGGUAACAUAGCUGCCCUUACAUCUCAAGAAAGGGGCAGUGAUGGUGCAGGCCCAAGACCUGGCUCUAACCCACUACUUGUUAUUAAAACAGAAUCGAAGGUUGAUGAAACACACAGGCAGAAGAACCUUAACCUCAUCAUUGUAGCUGUCCUAGGAGUAUUGGGAAUAAUGUUUCUUUGUGGAUUACUGUACGGUCUUCACUACAAGCGGAAAUAUCGGAUGUUAAAGAGACAGCUAAACAGGCCGCAACAAGAUCCAGAGUCACCAGAAGAAAGACCUCUUAAUAAUCAAGAAAUUGAACUUGAGGAGCUGUAGCUGGUUACGAAUCCAGAUGAUUGUAAAAUUAAAAAACUUUCGGAGGUUCCGAAGCAACCGUCCAAGUCUAACUUCUGCUGACAGCAGAAAAACAUAUGUGUGUGACACCUGUGUCUAAUGUCGCCGCACCUUUUCCGUCUCCAUUUCCCAUCAGUUACAAAGUCAUUGCACUCAGAUGGGGCACACCCUACAGAUUCCAAGACUUGUUUCAUUAUCCAUGCAAAUUACUUGGAAAAUAUCCGCCUUCAUUCACAAACAGUCUGUAUUGCACAUAGGUUGGAGCUAUUUUAAGUGUGUUCAAUCUUUUUUUUUUUUUUUUAACUGGCAAAAGGCGGCCUCUGAAGCAGUCUGUUAUAGUGACUGGACUGGGAGAAUGAUGGACUGCUACAUUAGUAUACAAAAACACAUUUGCACCUAGUCAUAGGAAAAUGCUGAGACUGCUCUCGAUGGUGACAAUUUCACGUCCAAUCUUUAGUCCUAGUAUGUUAUUUCUCAACAUGAAAAUGGAAGAAGUAAAAAAGAAACAUUUCAUCUGAAUGCCGGAUAUAAUUGAUGUUGCGCAGGUGUUUAAGUAGGAAUACAAUUCACGUUUUUAACAUUCUUGAACAUUUAUAAACGAUGCAAGCAUGAUAACGUUUAUUGAACUGUGAGGUUUGUAGAAAAAUGGUUGUAGAUUUGCCUUGUGCUUUGAGGAGUUCUACAAUAAUAUCACCCAUCAGACAGCCUUAUUAUUUAUAAAAUAGGAUUUGAAAGGUCAUGGCAUGUGACCUAUAGGUCACACUAAACUCAGCAAUUAUCAAAAGUGAUAUUCAAGAUUGCCAGACAUGAGACAGUUGCCCCCCCCCCCCCCCCCCCCCGAUGUCAAUCCUGCCUGUGCUAGCUUGUCCGUCUGAUAGUUAUGCACAUUCCAAAAUUGAAUCGAAAUGUGUGCCUACAUUGAAGCUCUGCUAAAUAAUUUUGCCCCUGCUUAAAACACGGUUUUACUGGGCCAUAAUUGUUUUUUUAAAAUUGGAUUACUAAUUGAAAUGUGAAUGUUCAUAUACUUGGAAUUGUCUCUUGUUUGGUAUGUAAGUCAGAGCUUGGAAGCAUCUCACUGAAGUUUUCUUUGGCUGAGUUUUUUGGAUUAGUAGGCACUUUACUGCUGGGUGCCUUGCAAAAGGAGAUCUCGUGAUAAAGCUCUCUGUGCUGGCCGCAGAGUUUGGGGGAGAUCCGUUUUAUGGUUUUGUUUUUUUCCAUUUGGUAUAGAGU